GGAGGCGCUACAGUUUACUGUGGGUUAAUGUGACGGGAGGAACAGAAUGGACAACAUGCUGCAGUUCAUGAAGCUAGUAGGGCAGCUGAAGCGCGUGCCACGCACCGGCUGGGUGUACAGGAACGUGCAGUGUCCUGAGAGCGUUUCAGACCACAUGUAUAGGAUGGCAGUGAUGGCAUUAACAGUGCAGGACACCAGUGUAAACAGAGAGAGGUGCAUGAAGCUUGCCUUAGUCCACGACUUAGCCGAGUGUAUUGUGGGGGACAUCGCUCCAGCCGAUAAUGUCAGCAAAGCAGAGAAACACAGACGAGAAAAGGAGGCGAUGGUUCGCAUUACUGGUCUGUUGAGUGAAGAGCUUCGUAAAGAGUUUUACCAACUGUGGGAGGAGUAUGAGACCCAGUCCAGUUCUGAGGCCAGGCUGGUGAAGGAGUUAGACCAGCUUGAGAUGAUUCUACAGGCCCAUGAAUAUGAGGAGCUGGAGGGAAAGCCGGGCAGACUGCAAGAAUUCUUCACCUCCACUGAAGGCCGAUUUCGUCACCCAGAAGUGCUGGCACUUGUAAAGAGUUUGAACGAGGAGCGAGCUCGCAACAUUGCUGGAGCAGGAGAGUCCAGCUCAGAGAAGAAAACAGAGCUGAACUGCCACACAAAACCAAACCCAUCAUGACCCCAGCAGAAGAGUGACACUACAGCUAAUCAGUGUUAAAUUUCAUGAUGUACUAUAUCACUUUUUUUGGUAAUUUAUAUUACUUUUUACUUUUGGUAAUUAUUAAUUACCACCCACAACAAAAAAAAGAUAUGAGUGAAGUUUGUCCCUGGUCCUGUAAAGUGUGAUUGGCAUUAGUCUCUGGUUAAAAAAUUCAGGAAUUUCAUGUUGCAUCCCUGCUAUCCUCUUUCUCCUUAACUUCCUAAAUUUGUUUUACCAGAAGUGUUUUUAUAUUUUGGCUUAGAUUAUACCCCCAAAUAUUCUAAACAGUUCUACUGAACUGUGUUCCUGAAACUAUGUUCAAGUGUUUGAAACUGUGUUAACGAAACUGUACAGUACUGUAAAAAGUCUUAGGCUAUUUGAGAAAAUAUGUGAAGCUGUUUAUCUGUGCAGUUUGUUGAUAUCCAUCUUUCUAUCCAUCUAUCUGUCCAAGACUUUUGCCCAGUACUGGAAUAUAGUAUAUCAUACUUUUUCCCCUAACUGACUGUUGUAUGGAGGAGAAAUUGCAAUAUCUACCUCAUACACAGACUUGGAAAAUGUACGUAAACAUAACUGUAUUUGAAUUUCUUUUCCUGAUGGUGUGCUUAAACAGAAGUCCUGUGGUUUGGCAAAGUGGGUAUGACUCAACAUGCACUUACUGCCAUGACUGAUAAAUUGUGAUGCAGCUUCCUGUUUAUUUACUGUCUCAGCAGAUUUAGGCCUUAUCCAGGCACUUUUUGAGAAUGAGUAGUUGCACAUGCUCAUUAUCCAUCCACUCUUUCAGAUUUUGAGCUGGUUAUAGAACUGUGUACUGUACUAUACAAUUCAUAGCAUUUCAGAUGAGCAAGCAUCAAUCUAAAGGUUUUUUGGUUAAUCUUACUUUUUGUUUUGGGUUGUUUUGGCCAAAAAUAUGGCAAUAAACACAUGAAAAGUU